AAAAAUAAGAGCUGUGGACAGGAUAACUUUUCAUGAGGGGAGUGUCACUAAAAUGCCCACGGGCGCCAAUUUAACCACCCUUGCUGUACAUGAAGGUCUCUAUAAGUACUCAAUACACAGGAGUUCCUGCUUUCAAACAACGGUCAACCCUGCAAAUGAUGCCCUCUAUCCCUUUAUGCCUAUGCCCAUGUAUAGAAUAGACAAAAAUUCCAUUUUCAUUAAUUCUUUCAAAUAAUAGAAUAUACUAGUAAAUAACUAUACACAUGUUUUGUUUGAUAGUGUAUAUAUAGUAUAAAUUAAACAAGACACUUGUUAAUUAACAAUCGAAUUUAUUGUGAAUAUGUUUAUGGUGCUUAUUUAAACAUGUCUCGGAUAAAUUUGUGAUGGAAAAAAAUGUGAAAUUCGUAGACUUACUUUCUACUUAUGAUAACAUGGACAGUAAGAAAACAAUUGGUCAGUGUUUAAAAAAAAUAAGAGACAGUAAAAAUAUAUUAGAAGAGCGUUUAAGAAAGGCUGCCAGCGUUGGCGAUAUAGACGCAGUUCAAGAAUUGCUAAAGUCAGGAGUUGAUGUUAAUGCACAGGACAUUCAUAGUGGAUGGACUGCUUUACACUGGGCGUGUAGAAACGGUUAUUUUGAUGUAGCUGCCCUUCUUUUAAUGAAUGGAGCAUUUAAGUAUAUCAAAUCUAACUUUGGAGAAACUCCAAAAUUUGUAUCUACCAAACCACAAAUUCUGAAACUUUUAGAUGCAGUUGAUUCGAAAUUAGAAUUGAAUGAUAUAACAAUGCAUAAUAAUAUACCAAAGUAUUUGAAAAAUGACUUUGUACAUGGAACUGUAGAUUCAGAAAUACAUAGAAUGACUUGCAACGGUUUAUACACAGAUGAAUUAAUAUUAAAGAUUCGUAUUGCUGAUGCUCUGGAUCCAGACUUCAUAGAAGUUGAAAUAUGUCAAAACAAUUUGACAUAUCAGACGUUAAUUGAUAUAUGCUGCCAGGAAUUAAAUAUUGACUGUACCCAAAUUGUAAAGUUAAGAAAACUUCCCAAUACUAAAUUAAGGAAAGAUAAAGAUAUUCAACGACUUCAGAAUUUCCAAGAAAUUGAAGUUGUUACUAAUGCUGUUAAUACACACAAAUAUGUGCAAAAUACAAGUAGUGUUCAGAAUAACAUUCCAACAGUGCCAGCAAAUGGAUAUCAAAGUAUUUCUAAAAAAGAUCAAACUAUUUUAUACUAAUUAUUAUGAUUACGAUUGUAUUUGUUUCCCCUUGCGUAUGUUAAAAUUAAGAAUAUAAUAUUUAACACAAAUAUUUUGUGUAUAAUCAAGGAAGUAACGCUUAGCAAACAAUAGUUGAACAUCUCAUAUAUGUCUAACAGAAUAUUCAGAUAACGAUAGUUAGAAAAGUAAUUUUUCAAUUUUAUUUACUAGAUUCAAUAAAGUAAUACAUA